UCACGGGAGGCAAAAAUCAUCAACAACUCCAGUGAGGAAGAGGAGGAAGAGGAGGAAGGGGGCGGCGAGCACUUUAUCGGAGAUAAGGAAACCAAGAAGAGAGGAGAUGGUAGAGAAUGGCCGCACCUGACCUCCUUGACCCCAAGUCUGCCGCCCACAACUCCAAGCCCCGCCUGUCGUUCUCGGCCAAGUCGGUGGUGCUGACGUUCCCCGAGGAGGACGAGCGCGACGUCGCCCGCGCCACCGUCAUGCGCUGGAAGACUGUGUCGGCCAUCUUCUUCCUGGUGGUGGUCUACCUGGUGAUCGGCGCCGCCGUCUUCCGCGCGCUGGAGCAGCCGCACGAGCGAUCGCAGAAGUUGGCCAUCCUGGCCGAGAAGCUAGACUUCUUGGCCCUGCACGCCUGCGUCAACUCCUCCGAGCUCGAGGAUCUGGUCAAGCAAGUGGUUUCGGCCGUCCGAGCCGGUGUGAACCCGUCGGGAAACUCCAGCAACCGGACGAGCCUGUGGGACCUCGGCUCGUCGUUCUUCUUCGCGGGAACCGUCAUCACCACCAUCGGAUUUGGCAACAUCUCGCCGCACACGGAAGGCGGGCGGAUCUUCUGCAUCAUUUACGCUCUGAUGGGGAUCCCCCUCUUCGGCUUCCUGUUGGCCGGCGUGGGCGACCAGCUGGGCACCAUUUUUGGCAAGGGCAUCGCCAAAGUGGAGAAGAUGAUCGUGAAGUGGAAAGUCAGCCAGACCCAGAUCCGCGUCAUCUCCACGCUGCUCUUCAUCCUGUUCGGCUGCCUGAUCUUCGUGGCGCUGCCGGCGGUCAUCUUCAAGCACAUCGAGGGCUGGAGCACGCUGGAGUCCGUCUACUUCGUGGUCAUCACGCUCACCACCAUCGGGUUCGGAGACUUUGUCGCCGGGGAAAAAGGUGGUUCCGAGAGUCCGGAGUACCUCAAGUACUACAAGCCGGUGGUGUGGUUCUGGAUCCUGGUGGGUUUGGCCUACUUCGCCGCCGUGCUCAGCAUGAUCGGCGACUGGUUCCGUGUCAUCUCCAAGAAAACCAAGGAGGAGGUGGGCGAGUUCCGGGCUCACGCGGCCGAGUGGACGGCCAACGUGUCGGCCGAGUUCAAAGAGACCCGCCGGCGCCUGAGCGUGGACAUCUACGACAGGUUCCAACGCGCCGCCUCCAUCAAGCGCAAACUGUCGUCAGAGCUGGGCAUCAACGCCUCCGCCAACCAGGAAAUGACGCCCGGCAAACGGACGCUGUCGGCCGACCUCGCCGACGAGCGCGAGGCGUACCCCAACUUGACUCUGUCGCUCACGCCCCUGACCCGCGACGGCGGCCUCUUCCUCAACGGCCUCGGCCCGGACUUUGCCGACCGGCUGGAGGUCGCUGUCGUCGAAAACUCCGAAUGAGGACACGUUCCAAGCGUUCCAGUGCACUGAAGGCUCGUACGGGGGAGGAGCCUCGAGAAGCUCGCAACGUUCCGUCGAACGGGGGCGUAGCCAGAAGAUUUCAAUCGUCGAAGGGGCCGCGGUGCCGAUUCCUACUUUUCCGCCUCGCAAAAACACUACAGCGGCACGGUGGCCGCCGCGUAGCUCCGCCCCUGCCAUCGACACGGUCUCAUGAGAUUUUAGUAGCAAAUAUUACAGAAAGUUCAGUCGCAUUGCUUUGAAGGGGGCUGUUUCUAAGCCACCUUCGCAGCAAUCCGCAAACAUGGCCGACCCGACAUUCUAAAACGAUUGUCCGUUAAAUUGAAGCGCUUUUUUUUUUUAAGCCAUAUGCACCCGUAUUACAAUACGGUACAAAAUGAUUGUUUUGCAGCUAUUUUUCUCGUGGCCUUAAAACGCCCGGUACAGUCUAAAGUUAAGCUUGAAAAUGUUUGAAAGUUUCACAUUUCAUCCAAACUUAGCACGCCGGUUUCCUUGGUCACGGUGACAUUGUUGACGUGCAGUACUCAUCGUAGGCAAGUGGCUUUUAUGAGCUGUGAGGAAUUGCUGUGCUCCCUCGCUCCAAAUCCGUUGCCAAAGGCGAACAGCUUGAUAACAAAAAAAAAUCUUACUGUAACAAAAAUAGCAUGUUCCACACUUUAGAGACUUGUGUUUUGCAUUCCUCAGAGCCAUGCCACUCUCUCUCUCUCUCUCUCUCUCUCUCUCGCUCUAUGCACAAUAGACAAUAGAUAGAUGGUCGCCUCAUCAAUGCCCCGCAUUCAACAUGGCCGCCACAUAGACACGGGAGGCCCGUCUUUUGGAAUUGGAUCUAUUUUUUGUAUCUCUGUGAGCCGUAAAUACGUCAGCCCCAUUCUCUGCCUGCGUUGCGCCGCAGCGCCAGUCAACAACAGUGGCCAAUUAUGGAACUAACAGACUUUGUCAACGGCAAUUUAAGUGACAAAUAGAAACUAUUUUUGGACACAUCGUUCGGUUCCGACGCUCCGUUUUAUCCGAUGUCCAUUAUAUCGGAGUCCGUUUUCUCGAAGAUCCACUGUUCAGCCUCAAGAAAUAUGGCCGCCAUGCAGCAAAUCACUCCACAAAAAUGACCAACGUGAUGCCAGAGACUCCGCAAACACGGCCGACGCGCUGAAACUCUGUUCGCAAACAUGGCCGACAUAAUCUAACACAUUCCAACAAGGCGGCAACCGUGCUACAAAACACUCCACGAACAUGGCCGACAUUGUAGAUAGAUGCUAUUUCGAUAGUCAACUAAUUCAUCUGCAAUUUGUAAAAAAAAAAAUAAUAAAAAUAAAAAAAUAAUAAAAAAAAUCCUACUAAAUACUGGUGAGAACAAACUCAAAUCGGAGUCAGAAAAAAAAAUCAAUCAAUCAAACAGAAGAAAAGAAAACGAAAUCUCCGAAAUAAAUCAAAGCUUUGGUAAAUCUGGGUCGCUGGACUUGUGCUCAUCUAUGAGCGAUUUACCUACGAGGCUCAAACAUCUGCAUCAGAUAAACGAGGAUCCUCGGCACCUGACCGCACACUUCAGAAGGAAUGUGCUUUUAUUAUUCGUUUUUUACAUUUUUCUUUUACACCACGCUUCCAUAUGCCUUGUUACAUUUCCUCUCAGUUUGGCCCCUCGCUCACAAGAUGAAGAUGAAUGUUGAUAUUUUUGUCGUUGUUGUUGUUGUCCCUGGAUGAUUGACAGGCGGCUCUUCACCCCGAAGGCAUCGCCCACGUGUGCCUUACUGGAACGCUCGCAGUCAACACGCGUGGAAGACACGAGGUAGUACCAACGCAGCGGACGCUCUGAAAAGGACGGCAAUCUCGGCCAAUAUGCGAAUACGCGUGAAAAUCGACGGGGAACUGGAAAGAAAAUACGGCACGAAGUGACAGUGAAGCCGCGUUCGUCACGGGGGAUACAGAAUGUUCCGGACCGACCGGCGAUUGGAGAAAAUCGACGAUAUAGACCGCAAGGGUGUCAAACUCAUUUUUGUUGCCGGCCACACUGUAGCUAUGGUUUUCGAGCGCCGUUUCCCUUAUGACAGUCAAAGCAUACAAAUGGGUAAUUGUCUCAUCAUCUUAUCACAUACUGUAAAUACACAAAAACAUUUAUGGAUAACUAGUUUUGAAAUAGGAAGUCAAGGAAAACAAUUUGUUCAAUUAUCGUUCCAUUUAUUUCAAAAAAGAAAGAAAAAAAAAAAAAAAGUUAUUCGGCAACACAAAAUGCGUGGAAUCGCUCGACGUUAAUAAAAGUGAAGACAAGUUUUUGGCAAUUUUAGCAAGAAACGUGAAGUAGUAGAUGCAGAUGAUUUACUUUCGCGGGCCACAUAAAAUGAUGUGGCGGGCCGCAUCUAGCCCCCGGACUUGAGUUUGACACCUGUGAUAUAGAGUGAAUGUAUUUUGUAUGUAGUUUUUUCCCCCUGUCACAUGCUUCAAACCCAUUUAAGCUCACGAAUACACACUUGAACUUAUUCCAACACACUUUUGAGCAUUGCUGAGUACCUGCUUUCACUUUCACGGUCAAGAAAUGAGAGACGACGGCGUCAUACAAAACGUGCUCGCUUCAAGCGCUUGAUUUGUCACUCCCACCUGAACGUGACAGUAAAACUGACACAUACAACAAAAGAGAAUUAAAAAGGCCAAAAUGCUCAGCCAAAACAGAAUUGUCCGCUAGCUUAAUGCUAACAUAUACGGCAUCGUCUCCGCAGAAUGUAUCACGCGUUCAAGUGUCUUAUGUUUUCAUUGCCCAAGACGUGCGCUGUUUCCUGAACGCUACAAAGCAAAAUGCAUCGUGUCUUAUCAAAGACGGACAAAAGUAUCGAGACUUAAUCAGUGAAGUAGCUUUUUCCGCUUCCUGGGUCAGGCGUCCCAAUACUUUUGUCCCGUCCUUAACGGCGUGGCUUUCUGAAGAUGGAUGAUUGACGGGCGGUGCAAAAGGGGCGCUGUUGCGUCAUAGGUCGGGUCGCAUGUUGUUAGCGUGCGACGA